GCUCGCAUUGCACGGGGGGUAGCAACUGUCUCGUGAAUUUCACAUUUACAGAAGAGCUUUCAGUAGCCGCCUAGCCUUCGAGGAAGGCGGACGCGCGUCGCGUACACCCCACGAAUAUUCCCGAAGUUGCUUUGCUAUAACUCAGUGUAUUGGAAGCUCGGGGGACAACAGAGCCUGUCAUGAUGGUGAAAAAUCACAUGUCUACGGUCGUCGCUUUGGUGUUGCUCUUCGGGAUGGUCUAUGGCCAAACUGAAACGGAACCGCCGAGUACUCUAACAACUCGGCCAGCGACCACCACAGCGGCGCCUACCACGGUCGCCUGGGAGACGGAGACGUUGAACGAAGGUCAGGCUAUCCAGAAAGCCCUGCAGUACCUGCUGCAGAACCGACAGCCGGACUGGGGAUGGGGCAACGACACUCACCAUGUCAUGCUUACGUUACAGUUAGCGAAUAACACUGGCAAAGAAAUAGAACAGCAAGGAUUGGAGAUGCAACUGUCUGCCAAGCAAAUGGAUAUUGAAAUAUUGCUCAUGAUGUCAAAGCACCACGAAUCACCACCGCCACUCGGCCGUCUUGCCGCUUACACUCUUGCACUGGGAGCUCUGUGCAAAGACCCACGAUCUUUCCACGGGCGGGACCUGGUCGCUACGUUGCUCCACCGCGAGCCGCCGCACGAUCUGGAGUUCGCGUACGCCACUCUCGCGGCUUGCUCCUCGGCGGCUCAUGUACGUCGGCGCCAUAUCAGGCGACUGCUGGACAUCGCUAACGCUGCUGCUGAUCAUAGUCUUGACGCAAUUUCCAUGGUAAUUCUUGCCCUGCGAUGCGUGGUGCAGGACCACCGUCACCGCAGUCUCAUACACUUCGUGCGUCGCCCCAUGGCCGGAUUGGCGAGGCAACAACAUCCGGACGGAAGCUUUGGAACUCUCACCACUACUGCACUCGCUAUACAGGCCCUCGAAGACUCCGACAACGGUCCCGGCGCCCAUCAGCACUGGAGCCUCCCUGCUGCCAGGAAGUGGCUGCUGGAGAGGCAGGAGCCCGACGGCGGCUGGGGGGACGUAGCUAAGACCGCUGCAGCGGUUGCAGCGCUGACCCCGGCCUCGCUAGCCGCUGUACGACCGCCACACUGCAGCGACAAACUGCUGGAUAGUCGACAUGAACCACUAGACAGCAACGGCGGCGACGGCAGCCUCAAGAUGGCGUACCAAACCGGCCACUCCAGCAACGACUCCGACGCGCGCAACGUCUCCUUCACCUACACGCUGUGGCUCGGCACCAAUGUCACUGAAAACUACACCCUGUACAUGGUAGCUCCCAGAAACAUCUCCUUCUACCACGUAAUGCAAAUGGCCGCCGAGCAAGAGCCGAAGUUCAAGUUCGAAGCGAGUGAGUGGCCCAACGGUCACUAUGUGCACACGCUCGCUGGACACAAGGAGGAGCCGAUGGGCUACCACUAUUGGCUGCUGUAUCGGCUGCCAGAGAUCCCGGACCCUACUAGCCCACCUGGAAACCAGCUAGUUGCACCUGUUGGUGUAGAUGAUCUACUAGUCGAAGAUGGCGAACAUUAUCUUUUCUGGUACAAGAAGCUGUAAUUAUUUAAUAUUUUUUUUAAAUAAUUGAUCUACUGCGUGUUUUAAAGUAAAUAUUUUGACUUCAUUUUUUCAAUAAUUCUAUUCCAAUGGACUUCAAAUGAUAUAACUUCAUAAAGGACCCUGACGUUAUACAUAUCCCUACUUGAACAUUUUCACUACUUAU